GUGUCCCCGUCGUGGUACCGCGCCCCGGAGCUGCUGCUGCGGGUGACCUGCGGCCCGGCCGCCGACCUGUGGAGCGUCGGCUGCAUCUUUGCUGAGAUGUUUACACGCAGGCCUCUCUUCCCCGGAGGCUCCGAUGUUGAUCAGCUGACGAAGAUAUUCGGUCUGCUGGGCGUGCCGAGCCUGGAGGAGUGGCUGCUCGGAGCCUCCCUGCCGCACGGCGACUUUGCCGCGCAAACUCAGCUCGGUGGUCGCCACUCCUCCUACGGUCUCCACGCUGCCCCGCGGGCCCUGGUCGACUCCACGCCGGAGAUGGGGCUGGAGGUCGCGCCGGGCAACGAGAAUGUGGCGAUGGCGCUGCUGCUGGAGCUGCUGACCUUCAGCCCCCGCAAGCGCAUCUCUGCGUCUGUCGCCCUCUUCCAUCCGUACUUCUCUGAGGCCGCAGGCGUGGCCACGGGCGAGGCCUAAGGAGUAGGCCCUGGGGCAAGGCCUAAGGAGUAGGCCCCGGGGCGAGGCCUAAGGAGUUUGCGUCCUUUUUUGUUGCCCCCACCUUAAGAGGGUCGCUUGUGUUGCGCCCGAAACGUCGUCAUUCGAUUUGUUUUAAUGUUUCGCCGACGUGACUUUACCGAAUAAAAAAGCUAAAGGGUAAUAAAAGUUAA